AUGGUAUCGAGUCGCCCCCCGACAUGGCGGCGGAUCCAGAACAUCCCAGCCCACUUCACCGAGGCGCGGCUCAAAUCAUGCUUCCACAGCGACGACAAGAAGUGUAUUCAGAUCAAGUCGCUCGUGCCAGACGUAAGCAACUACGAUGGGGAUGGCACGCUAACAGCGACAAUGCUGUUCUCGCCGCAGGAGCUGCGGGAGCCGCGGGAGCCGCGGGCUGAGGAAUAUGACGACUUCGACAUGGACAAGGACUUUAUCGGCUUCACGCCGCUCAACAAUCCAGGCAAGGAUGUCUGCGCGGAGGAUAGGCCUCUUAUCCUAAUUGGCCAUAGCCUCGGUGCCAUUAUCAUCAAACAGCACCGCUCACGCCUCCUAGUGCGCACCCUCAUCUUCUUUGUGGCCCCACACAACGGGCUCGAAGUGACAGCAUUAGAGACACUUGUGAAGGGCCGCCCAACACAGACGCUGAUCAGCGAGCUGAAGCGCGAAUCGCCGUCUAUCACAGCGGUUCCGACACGUGGCCAAGGACAUGGCAAUCCACACUGGGAGCGGCACGGCGAGGCAAAAGUGAUGGUGGAGCGGUCGUCGGCGCAGCUCAACUUCGAACCAGAGAAACGUGCAAGGAAGUCUACGGCGACCAGAAGGAGAUCGCGCGGCUGCGGAGGCGCUGGUGGACCGUCAUCUCAGCUUCCUGCGCCUCAAUAUCACCUGCCAGCACCGACCGCGCCGCCGCAGCAAACUGGUGCCCAGGUAGUUGAGCUGGAGGCGCUGGCAACCAAGAUUGUGGCGGAGGAGGCAUCGGCUGUGAAGCCAGAUCCCGGUGUCAGAGGCGGCAAAAACACCACCGAGUACAGGUGGGACUACGAGGGCGGCGACCAUCUAAUAUGCGACAUCUGCUACGACGAGUUCCCUAAGAGCGAGGAGCACUUUCAAUGCUCCAUCUGUAGGGAUGGCAACUACAACAUCUGCCGAGACUGUGACACCCCGUGUCUAGGGGGUCAUGACAUGACGUUGCGCUGCCAAAGGAUAAUGAGAACAACAACCAAGAAAAGGACAAGGCCGGCUCUAGAUUGA